UCCAAGCCAACAUCAAGGACCUGUCCCAGAUGCUGAAGAAGAUGCCCCAGUACCAGAAAGAGCUGAACAAGGUGUUUAUAAUGAGGUUAUUUCCCUCUUGGCACAUAUGGAUGACCAAGAUAAGGACAAAAUUGCCCUCAGGAUUGCCUGUAUAGCUGAGACCAAGCUGGCUAUCGUUGUUACCGUUCUGCUAGAAAACCUGCAACAGGAUGAGCAAAACAGAGUAGACAUUUACUAUGUCCUGGAGAAGGUAUUACAGCAGGACACCGGGGGCCUAGAGAGAAGGCUAGUGAACAAAAUAAUAACCCUAGCCUUUGACCAGAUGAGAGAGAGUCAGCAAGUAACAAAUGAACUUAAAGUGGCAGCUAGUAACACCUUAGUGACGCUGGCUCGCUGCUAUUUUAAUAAUGUGAUGGUUGAGCUGCACCAUCAUCUGGAACCACCGCAGCUGCCUGAAGAAUUCAUUUUAGUUACGCUGCGCAACCUGUUAUCAGCCUAUGCGCUUAAGUGUAUCCCUUUUAUGGUCCUGACCCUGCUGUUCAUGUGCUACAUGCAGAAGUUAGUCAAGGGCGGCAGGAUGAGACAAGCAUUUUGUGGUGGUAAGUGCCAGAACUUGCUAUAGGUGCCCAGAAUGGAUAUUGAGGGGGUCUUGGUACAGAUUGGAGUCACUGACCAAGUUUGCAACAGGCCCUGAACUGUGCUCCCUGCCCUGCAUUGCACCAGGUGCUGUGUUCCUGGGCUCCCAUGGCACUCGGUGAAGCUGAGA